GUGUAUAAAACAUCCAUAUUGAUUUUCAAAGAUCGUGAUAAAUAUGUCAGUGGUGAAUUCAGAUUUCGUCAUGGUUACUGCAAACACAAUCCACGAAAAAUGGUGAAAACGUGGGCAGAAAAAGAAAUGCGCAAUCUGAUAAGAAUACAUCAAGCUGGAAUUUUAUGCCCUGAACCUAUAAUACUUCGCAGUCAUGUCCUGGUCAUGGGUUUUAUUGGGACAGAUAGUUGGCCUGCUCCUCUUCUUAAAGACAGUGACAUCAGCGAGUCCAAGGCUAGAGAAUUGUACAUGCAGUGUAUACAAAUACUACGCACACUGUACCAUGAGUGUAAACUUAUCCAUGCUGAUUUUAGUGAAUUUAAUUUAUU